UAAGAACUCUAUCAUAAACCCCCCGAUAAACUUGCUCUUAAAAUGUUAAGGUUAGAAGCAAGCGAUAAGGAAAGAAGAAGAAGAAGAAGAUGCUCUCGUGUUCUGCUCUGACCGUUACUUCUUCUUCUUACCCAUUCCAUUACCUUCCUUCUUCUACUGAUCCUCCUUACGAUUCUCUACGAAACCACCCUUCUCUUUCUCUACUCCGCAAUUGCAAAACUCUCCAAUGCCUACGCAUCAUCCACGCUCAGAUAAUCAAAACCGGACUCCACAACACCAACUACGCUCUCAGCAAGCUUAUCGAGUUCUGCGUUACCUCUCCACGCUUUGACGGCCUUCCUUAUGCUAUCUCCGUUUUCGAAACGAUUCAGGAACCGAACCUGUUGAUUUGGAACACGAUGUUCCGUGGGCACGCGUUGAGUUCGGACCCUGUCUCUGCUCUGAACUUGUACGUUUGUAUGAUUUCACUUGGGCUUCUUUCUAAUUCCUAUACGUUUCCGUUUCUAUUGAAAUCUUGUGCAAAGUCCAAGUCUUUUAAAGAAGGGCAACAGAUCCAUGGGCACGUUCUGAAACUUGGGUGUGAUUUAGAUCUUUACGUACAUACUUCUCUGAUCUCUAUGUACGUUCAAAACGGGAGAUUGGAAGAUGCACGUAAGGUGUUCGAUAAAAGUUCUCACCGAGAUGUGGUUUCUUACACGGCUUUGAUCGCGGGUUACGCGUCGAGAGGCUAUAUCGAAAGUGCGCAGAAGAUGUUCGACGAAAUUCCUGUGAGAGACGUAGUGUCAUGGAAUGCAUUGAUUUCAGGAUAUGCGGAAACCGGUUACUAUAAGGAAGCAUUAGGGUUGUUUAAAGAGAUGAAGAAGACUAAUGUUAGGCCAGACGAGAGUACUAUGGUCACUGUACUUUCUGCUUGUGCUCAGUCUGGUAGUAUUGAGUUGGGUCGUCAGGUACAUUCAUGGAUUGAUGAUGAUCAUGGGUUUGGUUCAAAUCUCAAGAUUGUUAAUGCUCUCAUUGAUUUGUACAUUAAAUGUGGUGAAGUGGAGGCAGCAUGUGGUUUGUUCGAAGGAUUGUCUUACAAGGAUGUGAUUUCCUGGAAUACCUUGAUCGGUGGUUACACACAUUUGAAUCUUUACAAAGAAGCAUUGUUGUUGUUUCAAGAAAUGCUUAGAUCAGGUGAAAGUCCAAACGAUGUGACAAUGCUAAGUAUUCUUCCUGCUUGUGCACACCUUGGAGCCAUCGAUAUUGGAAGAUGGAUUCAUGUGUAUAUCGACAAGAGAGUUGGUUUGUUGUCUGCUUGCAGCCAUUCAGGUAUGUUAGAUCUUGGACGCCUUAUCUUCAGAUCAAUGACAGAGGACUACAAAAUAACCCCGAAAUUAGAGCACUACGGUUGCGUGAUUGAUCUUUUGGGUCAUUCGGGUCUAUUCAAAGAAGCGGAAGAAAUGAUAAACACGAUGCAAAUGGAGCCUGAUGGAGUGAUUUGGUGCUCCCUACUCAAAGCUUGCAAGAUGCAUGGGAAUGUCGAGUUGGCCGAAUCAUUUGCACAAAACCUCAUUAAGAUUGAACCAAAAAAUCCAGGUUCUUAUGUACUUCUAUCUAACAUUUACGCCACAGCAGGCAGAUGGAAUGAAGUAGCAAACAUACGUGGGCUCCUCAAUGAUAAAGGUAUGAAGAAAGUUCCCGGUUGCAGCUCUAUCGAAAUAGAUCCUGUUGUCCAUGAGUUCAUUAUUGGGGAUAAAUUCCAUCCACGGAACAGAGAAAUCUACGGAAUGUUAGAAGAAAUGGAGGUGUUACUGGUGGAAGCUGGGUUUGUUCCGGAUACUUCUGAAGUCUUACAGGAGAUGGAAGAAGAAUGGAAAGAAGGAGCGUUGAGGCAUCACAGCGAGAAGCUAGCUAUUGCAUUUGGGUUGAUAAGUACAAAGCCUGGGACUAAACUUACAAUCGUGAAGAAUCUAAGGGUGUGCAGAAAUUGUCAUGAGGCCACAAAACUUAUAUCAAAGAUUUACAAAAGGGAGAUUAUUGCUAGAGACAGAACUCGGUUCCAUCAUUUCAGAGAUGGUGUGUGUUCUUGCAAUGACUACUGGUAGCCAUCAUUUUAGAAGAUGAUGCUACCUGCGCUGUUGGUGAAGAACUGUAAUUUAACUGGCUUAUAUUAUAUACAUGUAAAGAAAGAGUUUUUAAAUAACAAAAGCUGGCGUAGACUUCAAAACGUA